AACAAUGGUGGCUGCUCUCACCUGUGUCUCAUUAAGGAAGGAGGACAGGGAUACUCCUGUGAAUGUCCAGACAAUUUUCUGGCGAUGCAGUUUGGAAACAUUGUGCGCUGUCUCCCAUCAUGUUCCAGUACUCAGUUCCUGUGUUCUGACAGUGAACGAUGUAUCCCUAUUUGGUGGAAGUGUGAUGGUCAGCGAGAUUGCCGGGAUGGCUCAGAUGAGCCCUCUUCGUGUCCUCAUCGGUACUGCCCCAUAGGACAAUUCCAGUGCAAUGAUGGAAACUGUACAAGUGUUCACUUCUUGUGUGACAUUCAUCAAGAUUGCCCAGAUAACUCUGAUGAAGAUCCAAUACUUUGUGCUAAUCACCAGUGUGAAGAUCAUCAGUGGCAAUGCGCUAAUAAGCACUGUAUCCCUGAGGCUUGGCAGUGUGACGGUGAUGAUGACUGCGGAGACAACUCAGAUGAGGACAGCUCCCACUGUACAACCCGCACCUGCAGUCCAGGGCAGUUUAAAUGUAAAAAUGGACGCUGCAUACCUCAGAGCUGGAAAUGUGAUGUAGACGAUGACUGUGGUGAUCACUCUGAUGAACCAAUGGAGGAAUGCAUGGGCCCUGCUUACCGCUGCGACAAUCAUACUGAUUUUGACUGCAAGACAAACUACCGCUGUAUCCCACUUUGGGCUGUGUGCAAUGGUUAUGAUGACUGCAGGGAUAACUCUGAUGAGCAGGAUUGUGAACAAAGAACAUGUGAUCCUCUGGGAGAUUUUCGCUGUGAAAAUCAUCGUUGUAUUCCUCUGCGUUGGAAGUGUGAUGGCGACAACGAUUGUGGAGACGGAUCUGAUGAG